CGAUGGCGACCGUGCGCAGCAUCAUCACAACGUCGCUCCGCAAUGCGGCGACCAUCAACCGCGCUCAGCGUGGUCUGUAUGCGGGCAAGAAGGUGCUUUUCGGCGUCAAGUCGGCUGAGGACAAGAAAUCCCCUAUCAAGUCGCUGAAGAUUUGGAAGCCCAAUGUUUUCGAAAAACGCUACUACAGUGAUAUCCUCAAGCGCUACACCAAGGUGAAGGUGACGACCAAAGCCAUUCGGUGCAUUGACAAGGCUGGUGGCUUUGACAACUACAUCCUCAUGACUCAGCCCGAAAAACUGGACAGUGAACUGGGCAUGAAGUUGCGUGUGGAGAUGCUUCAGAAGAUGGCGCGUCGCGCCGAGCAUGACAUGCGUCGCGAAGCCAACGCUGCGGCUCGUGCCGCCCGAGCUGCAGCCCAAGCCUAAACCUAAACCUGAUUCGCCAAACGCUUCGAAGCAUGGCGCUCAUUCCGCUUUUCCCUGCCUUUUUUUUUUUUGUAAAUCCUUUGGUUGGGUUGGCUUGAUGCUUUCCCCCUUUCUUUCCUUCUUUUCCUAAAGGCAAGGCGCGCUGCGCGCGCUUUUGCUAAACCUGACUUUGGUCAAACUGACCGUGAAUCACAUUGUCGCAGCUCGUGCUUAGUUGAUAUCGUCUUUUC